AGAGCCGAGAAGAGCCGAAGAGCAGCCGAAGCAGCAGCACCGUCCUCCGCGUCCGACCGAAGAAAAGUGGCUGAAAAGCGGACCGUUAACGGACACGAGCUGACGGUAUGGAGCACAAGAACCGGAUCCUGCCCUGGCUUCAACUUUUAGGCGCCUGUGUGUUCCUGGUCCGGGCGGCACGAGGUGAUUACUGUGAAGUUAACGUGUGCGUUAACGGAGGAACAUGUGUGACCGGAGCUGGAAGUCCUUUCAUCUGCAUCUGUCCUGAUGGAUUCUCUGGAGAAACCUGUAAUGAAACGGAGAGCGGUCCGUGUAAACCCAACCCGUGUCUGAACGAUGGGGUCUGUGAGGCCACGGCUCAGUCCAGGAGAGGCGACGUCUUCAUCGACUACAUCUGUAAAUGUCAGCCCGGCUUCGAUGGAGUCCAGUGUCAGAACAGUGUCCAGGGGGCAGAUUUACAGUCGACCACAGAUGUGAACGACUGCGCCGGUCAGCCCUGUGAGAACGGAGGAACCUGCAGAGACCUGGACGGAGACUUCAAGUGUCACUGUCCUUCUCCAUAUGUGGGCAAACACUGCCAGCUGCGUUGUAUUUCGUUGCUGGGUCUGGAGGGGGGAGGCAUUGCUGAGUCUCAGAUCUCGGCCUCGUCUGUCCGUUACAGUCUUCUGGGUCUGCAGCGCUGGGGCCCAGAACUGGCCCGACUCCACCACAAAGGCCUGGUGAAUGCCUGGAGCCCCGCCGCCCACGACCGGAACCCUUGGAUCCAGAUCGACCUGCAGAGGAAGAUGCGUUUCACCGGGAUCGUGACCCAGGGGGCGAGUCGGAUGGGGACCGCCGAGUUCAUCAAAGCCUUCAAAGUGGCGUCCAGUCUGGACGGAAGGACCUUCACCAUGUACAGAGGAGACGGCCAGAGCAGAGACCAGGUGUUUGCUGGAAAUGUUGACAACGACGGCAGCAAAACCAACCUGUUCGAUCCUCCGAUUAUCGCUCAGUUCAUCCGCAUCAUCCCGGUGGUUUGUCGUAAAGCCUGCACUCUGAGGCUGGAGCUGGUGGGCUGCGAACUGAACGGUUGUUCAGAGCCCAUGGGUAUGAAGUCCCGUCUUAUCUCGGACCAGCAGAUCACGGCCUCCAGUACUUUCCGGACCUGGGGCAUCGAGGCCUUCACCUGGUACCCACAGUACGCCCGACUGGACAAACAGGGCAAGACCAACGCCUGGACCGCUGCCACCAAUAACCGCUCUGAGUGGCUGCAGGUGGACCUGGAGUCUCCAAAGAAGGUCACAGGGAUCAUCACUCAAGGGGCCAAAGACUUUGGCUCGGUCCAGUUUGUGAUGGCGUUCAAAGUGGCUCACAGUGACGACGGACAGUCUUGGACCAUCAUGAAGGACGAAAAGACCAGGACAGACAAGAUCUUCCCCGGUAACAGCGACAACAACGUUCACAAGAAGAACAUCUUCGAUCCUCCGAUAUACGGCCGAUACAUUCGGGUUCUGCCGUGGGAGUGGCACGAACGGAUCACACUGAGGAUGGAGCUGCUGGGCUGUGACGAGUAGAACCAGGAACAGCCACCACCUGCACCGUUUACCUCUGACCUUUAACCUCUGACCUUUAAUGUUUACCUCUGACCUUUACCCUCUGACCUUUAACCUCUGACCUUUACUAUUGACCUCUGACCUUUACCGUUUACCUCUGACCUUUACCCUCUGACCUUUACUAUUGACCUCUGACCUUUCCCUCUGACUUUUAUCCUCUGACCUUUACUAUUGACCUCUGACCUUUCCCUCGGACUUUCAUCCUCUGACCUUUAUUUGCUGACCUUACCCCUCUGACCUUGAUUAUUUACCUCUAACCUUUACCCUCUGCCUUUUAUCUGUGACCUUUAACCUCUACCCUCUGACCUUUACUAUUUACCUCUGACCUUUACCUUCUGCCUUUUAUCUGUGACCUCUGACCUUUACCCUCUGACGUUUCCCCUCUGACUGUUUACCUCUGACCUUUAACCUCUACCCUCUGACAUUUCCCCUUUGACCUUUACCCUCUGACCUUGACUGUUUACCUCUGACCUCUACCCUCUGACCCCUACCCUCUGUCCCGCCCCUCCCUCUUCCUGAGCCACACCUGCACUGCCUUGCUGUCACCUCCGGGGGCAGCACACACUCCACUGAUGGCUGCAGAUCAGGUGGACUAGGAUCCACCACCUGAUCCGCGUCCGUCACCGCGGCAAUAAACCCCUCCCACCAGGUUCACCUGCACACCUGGAGUAACGCAUCAUAUCAAAACCUCUGAAAGGUCAGGGGUCAGAGGUCACAGACUGCUGCGUCCGACGUCCUCUGUGAACCGUCAGACCUCGGAGACCAGUGGCUGGUGAUGUACAUACACGACCCCCCCCCUCCCCUUAACCCGCUGUUUGAGCACGUGCAGACGUUCAUUCACCAAAGUACCGUCUGCUCCGGUCCGACCUCCUGAACGCAGACGCUCCGAACCACAGAGAAGAACCGGAGUUGAACGGGUUCAUGAGUUCAGAUGAACAGCCAACACUGUUAGGCAGCGUCAGUAUUUUCCACUUAUAGACACUUGAAGGAUUUUUAGGUUGAACUAAGUCUGCAUAAAUGGAUGUGUGUAUAUAUAAAAAAAAGUAUUAAAGUUUACCUUUAGAAAUAAAUAGAAAAGUAGAAAAGAAGUUUGUGUCAAAAGAAAACAGAUGAGAUGAACUGGAGCUUAAAUAGAAACAGUGUCUUUAAAAUUCUGCAAAUCAAACUUCACAUAUUUAACAAAUUAAUAAAUAAACACAGAGUUAAUCUG